UUGUCUUUAACAACUCUCAGUCUUUGUCUGCAGACCUUGACUCUGUCACUAUGCUGCCGUCCGUGUUGCUGCUGCUGCUGCUGUGCACCAGCUUGUGCAGCGGUGCACAAGCUGGUUAUUAUGGUGUGGUCUAUACCUACUCUUUUCUUGACCAUCAGCAGUUUGGAUACCAGUUAACUAAUACCUUUAAGCUAAGCUUCAGCUCAUGUGAAGAGCUCGACACCUUAAUUUGUAAUGGAAGCUGCUUUGGGUCACCAGUUUAUGCAAUCGAUGAAAGCAGAGGUGAAUGGUGUCAGAAGGACUAUAUCCUGACUACAAACAUUGAUUUCCUGUCUACAUUAUAUUCUGUAUUCGGUUUUGCAAACUGGACAGCAAACAUAAAUGGCAUUGAGUUAUCGGCAGCAGUGGCACAAAUUGAGUUGAGAAAUCGUUCCGACAUCAACAAACCCAACUCAUCACCACGGACCACCAUCCUCCCUCUAGUGAGAGUUCCUUCAAACUGUCAGAGAAACAUCAACCUGUUGGUCUCUGACCCAGAUGGAGACGAGGUUAGAUGCAGAUAUGCAGCUGGUGUAGAGUGUCACACCUGCACACCACCGUCUGUGCUCACCGUCUCACCAGCUUGUACUCUGUCGUUCAGUCCCACUAACAGCAGCGCCGAAGGUCCGUAUGCAGUGCAGCUAAUGAUUGAGGACUUUCCCAGACAGACAAUUAAUGUGACCAAUGGCAAUAACUCACAAGAGGUGAUAACUACCAGCGACUCGCUCAGCAAGAUCCCCGUUCAGUUUGUUUUCAGAGUCGAUCCAGCAGCUCCAUCCUGCACGGAGGGUGUGUAUCUGCCCAGGUUCCUGCCUCCAACUCCUGAGAACGGAGCUCAGAUCUACACGGAUGUUAACCAGACUGUGCAAAUCAGCGUCAGAGCCGAGGCAACCCAGGCUGUGAUCACUGAGCUCCUGUUCAGCGGGCCGCACAGUGUAGCCAAGAGUUCAUCAGGAUCGGGAAACUUCACACUGACGUGGACUCCAUCUGCCAGCGACGCGGAACUGACCAACACUUUCUGCUUCGUUGUUCAAGCAAAUUUCUCUAGCUCUGUUUACCAGUCUGACCUUCGAUGCAUCCUUGUGACGACUGGGAGCAGCCCAACAACUCCAACUCCUCUGACUACAGCUGCAAACCUAACAACUACACCCAGAUUCACACCAUCCUUCACAACUACGCCUCCAACAACUACAACAACUACAUCCACCAUCCCAAACUCAACGGUGGACCCAGGACCAUAUUACGUUUUAGCUUUGAAUGCAAAGAUCUCCACUACUCUAUCGCUGACGAAUUACACUGAUACCAUCAUACGACUGAUCAAAGAUGAGCUGAUGAGACAAGGGCUGCCAUCGGACAUAAUUCUCGAGCUGCUAAGAAGUGCUGAACUGGGAGUUACAACCAUCGGCUAGGGCUAAACAUAAGAAUCUGAUCUUUGCUGGGAAAUGGGUUUUGAUUUGUCAUUUUUCUUUAAUCUCUCAUCUGAUUCAUGAAGUAAUGCUUGUUUGAAAUAAUGAUAAGGAAAAUGUAUUAUUCUUUUGUUCAAUGUAAAGAAAUACUGUGAAGUCAGAGGACAUAUAGGCAUAUACCUUUUAUUCAUUAAUGCAAACUAAAAAAAUGAAUUUCAUACUGCUGUCAGUUUGCCUAAUAAUAGUAUCAAGUCUUUUGAGGGACAGUUUUAAGAUGAUAAUUUGAUAAUUGGCAGCCUUGCGAGUCAUGAAGAACUUGGUGACCCAACUAAAGAUCUUCUAUGCAAUGUAGGUGUUAUUGUGCAAUCCCAAAAUCUCUUCAAGAUGAUAAAUUAAAAGUUUUCUGCAUUCUUUGCAUUUA